AUGGAUGUGGCCUCGGAUGAUGCGAGGAAGUUUCUUCCUCCUGUCGUUCUGGAGUACAAGGUGUUUUACAUUGUGAGCUUCUGGCUUGAGUCGACGAUAUAUGGGUUGUACUUCUGCCUGUUUUGCGCCUCGCUCAACAUCCUGCGCAAGCGGGGUGCCAGACGCUCCUUCGCUUCCCGAGUAUUCUUGGCUGGGAUACUCCUCAUGUUUAUCCUCAUAACGUUCCACAUAUGCCUGAACAUCUACAGCAUGAUCCAUGCCUUCGCUUAUACCCUCAGCCCAUUCAGUGCAGUCAGCCAUUUUCGCGACCUCACCAACUGGGAUUCAUACGCCUUCCCCGUCGUCCUGGCACUGCUAACCUGGAUAGGUGACAUCCUCGUCAUUUUCCGCUGCUUCCUCAUCUGGGACAGUAAUUGCUACGUCAUUGCCCUCCCAUCCCUCUUGCUCCUUGGGAGUAUAGUGUCGGCCUCUGUGAACCUCCACUGGUUUCGGAAUGUCGAAUCCAUACCGUUUGAAAUUGUCCAGGGGUUCCUCAACGCGACCUUCCCCCUCAACCUGGCGCAGAACUUGUUGACGACGGGGUUGAUCAUCUACAAGAUCUGGGACCAGCAUCGGGCGUCGAGAAGAGCCGGGAUAAUCUCGUCUUCAGGGUUGAGUCUCCUCGAUGUUGUGCGCAUCAUCAUCGAGAGCGCGCUGAUCUACACCACGCAAAUGUUACUCCUCACAAUCCUAUUCGCCAUCGCCCAUCCAGCCCAUAUCAUCGUCCAACACGCACUCGUUCCUAGCAUGGGAAUAGUGUUCGUCUUGAUUUCAGUACGAACGCACGUCGCCCGGUCACAGACCAUCUCCGAAACCGAGCUUGAAGGACGUGCCUCGCUCGUCCCAUCAUGGCUGAACACCACCAACCACAACCACGUUGAACUAGCAGAAACACGACGCACAAGCAGAAGCCAUAUACCCUUCGUCACGAACGCUGUAGAGCGACAUCAUCUUGAGGAUAUGCCCUCAAAGGACAUUGCCAGAAUCUCAAAUGAUUCCACUUGUAAAGUAUAA